CUCUUCGUUGAUCCAUGUGCAUUCAUCCAUCAAUCCAUCGAUCAAUUAUGCAGGCAGCGCAGGCAAAGAAGCAUCCAUCAUAUGUUAUGGUCACUGUGUUCCCCCUAUUGAUAUGCAUGGACCCAUGCGCCUGCUCACACGGACAUGCAGACGUCGGUCGCCACACACACGCACAACGCACACGCGUCCUCACUGACGAGCUGGCGUCACCACUGUCAGUCAUGUCAUUGUCUGUCAAUAUCUCGUGAGUGAGUAUCCACACACAAUUGAUAGAUAUCACACACACACGGCUCGGCUCCACGCCGACCACCAUCUAUCUAUCUAUCGCUGCAGAGGCUGGCCCCACGAGUAGCCAAGGGUGCGUGUCAUGACCACACGAGAUAUCGGGGGUCGCCAAGGCAACGCUUGCGUGUGUGGGGCGUGGUAAAAUAGCACCUGUGGCGGCUGUGUCAUGACACAACCACCACCACCGCCACCACCACCAGAAGGCCCCCUGUGUGUCUGCUCUGGUGAGUGUCCACCACACAGCUGUGGCGCCCUGUACACCACCAUGGGUGACGCAUACGUGGCCGGAUAGUGGGGAGCCUUUGCAAUCGGGAUGGCAUGUGUCGACGCAGAUGGGUUGAGCGUGGGCUUUGUUGACGGGAGGGCCAUAUAGGACGGCGACGGGGCCAUGGUGAGAGCCGACGUGCCAGCGACAGUGGACAUGCCAUGAGGCGCACGAGAAGGGCGCGAAGAAGACGGGGCGAUCGGGGGCCGGCGGAAGGCGGUCGCCGGCAUACGGCAGCCACUGGCAGCUGCUUUGUGGACAUGGACGUUGGUGGUGGGGCCGCUCGUCGUGGUUGCUGCGGCGGUUUCCGCCGUUGAGGUGGUGGCAGGGCUGGUGCUGUCCUCGACCAGCUCAUAGUGUGAGUCGAUGCAUGCGAGGACGCUGAGGUGGUGCCAGUCGAGGGGCUUUCUGGGACCGCCCUUGCUGUGCACAUGGGCCUGCAGGUGGUCGAAUGCCCUCUGCAGGGCUUGUGCCUUGGCCUCCCAUGAGCCAUAGCAGUGCACCAGCUGAGUCAAAUACCUGACAUAGAUCGAACAGCGGGGCACACCGAGACGUGGUCAUGUUUGUGUGUCAGUCAGUGUAUGUAUGCAGUCGUGCAUGCUGACCGACCGACCGGUUGGCGAGUGUGAGGAAGUCGUCUGCCUGUCUGGCCAGCAGGGCCACCCUCAUGAGCUCCCCCGCCCACGGCGCGGCUGCCACAGCUGUCACAUCAGGACACCGCGACUGCACCAAACACACGGCAAAUCUUACCCUUAACCACCACCACCACGGCAAACACCAUACACACACACUUCCCUCUCUCUGCUCUGCAUCUGUCUGUAUGUCACCCUACCUGGACGAAGUCAAACAUGACCUUGCCGCUGUCCAUGGCCUGCGUCACCCAGGUCUUCCUCUGCGGGUGGGGCCCACACAGUGUCGGCACUUUCUUCUCGUAAUACACACGCCGGCCCUGCCGCUCACCCAGCCCACCCUCCUCCCAGAACAGCACGCGGGCCUUUUUGAUGGUGUCGCUGAAGGACAGCCCCGCGAAGAGGCGGGAGAUGAGGUGGUGGGCGGCGGCGUACAGCCAGUGCUGCCGCCCGACGAUGAGGAUGAUCUCGUUGACGAAGUACGACACGGCACUCCGCCACGUGUUGACGUCGGGCUCGAUGAAGGUGUCCUUGAGCGCCUCAAACUUCCUCUCGAGCCGGCGUUCGAGAUCGAGGAGCUUGUGCAGCUCAUCUCCCUCACGCACGUGGCCGCACUCAUCGCACCUCCACUGCCACUCGCCCGGCUCGUCGGGCCCGCUUGACUGCGAUAUGCGUGUGGGCGUGACGGCUGCGGUGCAUUUGGGGCAGGGGAAUGCCCUUGAGGGGUCGGUGGGCCGUUGGCAUCGCUCGCAGAGGCACCAGAAGCCCUUGACCUUCAUGAGUCGUCUUUGCCUGUAGGGGGUGCUGGCGUAGAGGCAGUCGAUGUAGGACAUGUGGAGAGACUCGCCCGCACUGACACACAGACAGACAGACAAACAGACAAACAGGCCAGGCCAAACACGGAGUGGAUAUGGUCAUGGCUGACUCAUUGAGCUCGCUGCUUGUCUGUCUGUCUGUCUGUCUGUCUGUCAGCAUGGAUGUGUGUUGUGUAUGCAUUCACCUACCGUACCGGAGUUUCCGUAGGGUGGUGUAGACGAGAUCCCCGUCGACGUUGCGAUAGCCAACAUUCGGACUACACGAGUGGUUGGCCAGCUUGCCCUUCCUGCAUCCAUCCAAUGCAAUCAAUGCACACGCCGAAUGUAGUGAUUGGACUGACACACAAAUGCGGCCGUCUUAACCGUCCUCACCUGUAGAGACCCCAGCCCUCUUGCACCGGCUUGCGUGAAGGCGCCCCAGGGAACAGCCUCAGCAGCACAUGGGGAGGCACCGCGUGGCCAUUGACCUUCAUCAGCGCAUAGAACCUCUCGAAGUCUCGCCCCUCCUCCUCGCUCAUCUCCAGCCGCCUCGCCACCCGCUGGCACUGGUCCCUCGCGGCACUGUCGAGCACAUUCGUCUCCUGGAUGAACUCGUCCAGCACCGCAUGCUUGGCUGGCGUGAGGGAGCGAAAGGUGUGCACCACGUCGACGAGCUCAAGGCCACAGGCAGCCACCUGAUGAUCAUGGUCCAUUCAUUCAUGCUGUGGGCUGGCUGCACCUGCAGCUGCGUGUGUGGGUCACUUACGGGGUGGUCUCUGAGGACGAUUUGCCCUUCUUCGACGUCCUGCAGUGCGUAGACCUCCUCGCCACCAAAGGCAUCGGCACGCACGCCGCACAUGUCAACCGAGGACGCGCCGUUCAUCAUUGUGUGAUUCAUCUGGUGACGGUAAUCAAACGGCUCAAUCCCCCAUAUAUCGUCACAAGGGCCAGCCUAAA